AUGGAUAAUACUCCGAUGAAGCCCGUCACCGGUACCGAUAAGACGGCGGCAUCAGUAAGACCAUCACCAGAUGAAAUCAUGAAAUGUCCUCGAUGUGAUUCAACAAACACCAAAUUCUGUUAUUACAACAACUACAGCCUUACACAGCCACGGCACUUCUGCAAGACAUGCCGGAGAUAUUGGACGAAAGGAGGCGCUUUACGCAACGUUCCCAUCGGCGGCGGUUGUCGAAAGAACAGAAGAACUAAUAAGUCUAAGGCCUCAUCAUCAACCACAUCAUCUCACUUUGGUGGAUUGAAAUUCUUUCAGGGAAUUUCUCCAACCAUGGAAUUUCAACAACUUGGUGGUUUAAGUAGUGAAGGGAUUCUCCCUUUCUCUAGAUUUCAUUCCUCUACAACAAAUUCUGUUUAUAAUAGCAAUCUUGCUUCUUCGAUAGAGUCUUUAAGUUAUAUAAAUCAAGAUUUGCACAGGAAGUUGCAGCAACAGAGAUUAGCUAUGGUUUUUGGUGAAGAGAAGCAUAAAGAUGGUGGAGCUGGUUUCGAUAACCAGACACUGCAGGCACAGAAACAACCACUACAGUCCAUUUCCUUUCAGGAUUUGGGGAUCUCAAAACAGGAGGUUUUGACAGUUAAUAAUGGUCCCACGAACAUGAAAAGCUGUAUGAGUGGUGGUGCCACGUCAGCAAUGGAGUGGUUCUUUGAGAACUCUUAUGCUCCAACUGCCACUACCACCACCACCACCACCACCACCACCACCUCUGCAACCAACCUCAGUGGCAGCAAUGAAAAUGAUAAUACGAGCAACUGGAAUGGAAUUCAAGCUUGGACGGAUUUGCAUCAAUAUAGUGCAUUGCCCUAGA